CGCUCUCUCUCUCGUGUCCAAAAAGUCGUUGUCUUUUUCGUUUUUUUUUAACCAUCUUAUCGAGAAAAUUAAAGGGAGAGAAAAUCGCGGAGGGAGAGAAAAAAGAAAUAGGCCCUCCUGUGAUUUCCCAAUUUUCUAGAGAGAGAGAGAGAGAAGAAAAGAGAAGUCUUUAAUUCGAGGUACUCGCCAUUUGCGCCAUUGAUUGAUUGAUUGAAUCUCAAGCUAAGUGCGUUGAAGUUGAGCUUUUUAAAAAGCUAGCUUGAUCUUGUUUUAGGGUAUUCGGAGUGGUGAAAUUUGACUGCAUUAGCCGUUCGGAUCUUGAAGAAGAAGAAUUGAAAUGGGAGAUACAGACACUGAUAUGAUCCACAGACACCAUUCUUCAAUUCCCAAACAGAAGCAUCAGCAGCUGGAAUUAAACCCGAAUAAUCUCAUCCGCUCAUCAGCAUCUCAAUUCUCCAGUGAGAGUGGCAUUUCCAAACGAGUGGGGGUUCCCCCGACAUCUCCCUACUCUCAGAUCCAGAUUCUCAACCCUGGAGCUACUACUACUACUAGUCACUCACGGUCAAUGUCACAGCCUUGCUCUUUCUUCUCCUUGGAUUCAUUGCCUCCCUUGAGCCCUUCUCCCUUCCUCGACGAUCGACUUAACACCAACCCUUCUUCCUUGUUGCCUCCCUUCACCUCUUCUUCUAGAGCCGACAGUCUACCUCCCAGAAAAUCUCACCGGCGCUCCAACAGCGAUAUCCCCACCGGCUUAACUUCCAACCCUUUCGUCAAGAAGGAAGACAUGGAUGAUCUCUUCUCUGCCUACAUGAAUCUCGACAACAUUGAUGCCCUCAACUCCUCCGAGAAUCUUUCUCGGGAUGAUAUGGAGAGCAGCAGAGCGAGCGGCACCAAGACUAAUAGUGACACUGAGGGAGAAACCAGCAGUGUCAAUGGCGAUCAUAACAACAAUAACUUGAAGAGAAGAGCCGGUGGAGGAGACAUUGCUCCUUCCUCCAGACAUUACAGGAGUGUUUCUGUCGACAGUUGUUUCAUCGACAAGCUCUCUUUUCCUGAUGACUCCCUCAAGCCGCCUCCUUCUCCUGGGACCACUAGGAAAGUUUCCCCCACCAAUUCGGUUGACGCUGCUCCAGCAUUUAGCAUCGAGUUUAACAACGGCGAGUUCACUGCAGCUGAGAUGAAGAAGAUCAUGGCCAAUGAUAAACUUGCUGACAUGGCCAUCUCUGACCCUAAGCGUGUCAAAAGAAUCUUGGCGAACCGUCAGAGUGCAGCGCGGUCAAAGGAGAGGAAGAUGCGGUACAUAGUGGAAUUGGAACACAAGGUGCAGACUCUUCAGACCGAGGCUACUACUUUGUCUGCUCAGCUCACCCUUUUGCAGAGAGAUAUGAUGGGGCUGACAAACCAGAACAAUGAGCUCAAGUUUCGUCUUCAAUCAAUGGAGCAGCAAGCAAGACUUCGCGAUGCUCUGAACGAAGCAUUGAAUGGGGAAGUCCAGCGACUGAAACUGGCAAUUGGUGAGAGCAGCCACAGUAACGAAGCUGACAGAUCAAAGAUGCAAUCACUCAACGCAGAGAUGUUCCAGCAACUCAACAUCAGCCAGUUAAGACAGCAGCAGCCUCAGUCUCAGUCUCUGCAGAAUGGAACCCUGUCGACAAAACCUGAAUCGAAUGAAUAGAUCUGGGAGGUGGGGCUGGCUGAAUCAAAGAAUUGGAGUCUUUAGUUUUUUUUUUUUCUUUCUAAGUUGCAUAUCAAUCAGUUAAACAUCAUAUAUCUAUCUAUUUUAUGUGCAGAGUCUGUUGAAUUUACAUAUAUAUCAUUAAGUCCAAGAAGUUAUAAUUUUACAGCAUCAUUAUCUUAGAAAAAAAAAAUUCAAUUUAUGAUAGAUAAAAUAUGGUUGUAAUGGAGACUGAGCAUCAGACAGAGAGAUUCUCUGUUUGUUGUUUUGUAGUUGCGUUUUAUUGAGUUUUGAUUUUUGUCUCUA